CCAAUCAGGAGAAUUUCCACGAUAGACAUACGAAUCAAUUGUUUAGUGGGAUUCUCUUGCCUCCCAAACAGAAAAAAAGCUUCAAAAAAAUUAUUUUCAUCAAAUUCUUCACUCCUGAGUUACUUCCGCAAUGGAUAUUACAGCGGAAACGAGAGGAUUUGCAGAAGUUGUGAAUAGCUUCAAUGAUUUGGUGAAACCACUGAGGAAUAUCCAAUCAUUUAAAGGCUCUGAUUACUUUGUCAAUGAAUUAGUUAGGCGGAUACAAUCAUUUCUCGUGUCAAAGAAUCUCUUCAAUGAAGACGGUUCCUGCCCAGAGAGAUCAGAGAUUUCUGAAAGUCUCCGGGAGAUUUUCCUACUCCUUGUAAGCAGCACGGAUGCAAAGUAUUUCUACAGUGUCUCAUGGGGUGCUGCAAUUGUUUCCCUGAUUGAGAUGAAACUCAUCCCAGAGCUCUCCAUGUGCCUCAUUUACAUGCUAAUCUGGAAGCUGGAUUUGAGGGAACUCUUGCUGGAGUUUAUGUCCUUUGCCCCAUUGGAAUUAGUUGGUGAUAUGCUCGUUAUCUUCCCGGAGGCAAUGAAGUAUCUCGAUGAGGAGAAUGAUUUGAACUUUGCGGAAAAGUUUAUUGUGGCAAUUUAUACGAAUGUUUCCGGUGCCGGAAGUACUAAUUGCGAUACUUCUCUGGAUUUUUGCACUGUUUUCCUCAAUGAUUACUUCAACGGUGAUGCAGAGGCUCAUCCAGCACUAAGGAAUAGGAAAUUUUGCAUUCUUCUAGGGCAUAUGAUUCGACACAUGCUGAAGGCAAUCCUCAGUUGUAUGAAAAUCUUCAUAAAUCCGCAGGAAAAGAAGCAAGAUUGCCCGGAAAUUUACAAGAAAUUCUUUGAAGGAAUGGAGGAGGAAGAAAACGACAACAAAGAGGAGAAUUCUUCCCUUUUGCAGUUCAAUGAGAAGCUCUUCAGUAAACUUCAGAAUCUCAUAGAUCGCGUCACAGUUCUUGUCUACUGUGAAUGGGUUGAGAUUGAUAUGGAACCAAAUAUGACUCUUCAGCAAACAAUAAGAGAUCUUGCAGAGCAAUUUAUUAAAAUUCCAAAUGAAACUAAUGGUCUGCAGCAUGAAGUCUUUGAGCAUAUUAAAUUUCUCACGGUGCAGCCAAAAAAUGAUCAGCCUGUGGCCAGUGAGGCCACACUUGGAGAUGUUCUCAAUCAACUGGAAACCUCAAAGGGGUUUGAGAAUAAAUCUCUCUGGCUCAGUGAGCUGAUAUCACGCGGAGAGCUGGUGCUGGAGAAUGAGGAAUGCCUCGAGGCAAUCAAUACGAAUCUCAUAUUCCUCAAGUUGGACAAUUACGUGGAAUUGGCGCGAUUCCUGCAAAAUAGUAAUCCAGAAACUGAGGAAACAAUUCGGGAUAUCAUCCUACAGGGUCUUGCUGUUCUUCCCGUUGAGGAUGCUGUGCAGCUGAUGAACACAGAACUCAUCUACCUUCCGGUGGAUACAAUGCAAACAAAAUCCUUCGAUAUUGAUGCCGAAAUGUUCUUCACAUCGAAGAAAUGGACAGAAUCUGGGUACUUGAGGCUCUUGGCACAGAAUCCUCCGAGUGUUAUUGAGAAGAUGUCUCAGUGGGUGAUUGAGCAUGAGAAGGACAUGAAGGUAGCUCUGAAAUUCCUCCAAAUGACUCAGAAAAUUACGGGAAUCUACCUUGAGGACAACAUCAAGGCACUCAUUGCCUUUCCAACGGGCGGCGUGACAUCCAGCAGACUCCUGGCCAAUUGGAUUUGUCGCCUCUUCAACUGUGGCUUAAUAAAGAAGAGCAAAGUUGUGCGGGAUUUAUCAAAGAAUCUCGUAGAGUUUGUCACAAAGAGGGAUGAACGGAGGAUUCUUGGGAUUGUCACCAUUUUUUCGGGAUUAGCACAGAAGAGUUCCUUCGGUGAGGAGUCUGUGAAGGUUCUCACAAUUGCUGCACGAGUUCUGGACAAAAGCCGAUGGAAUCUUGAAACAUACACCGAGGAGAUUAAAGAGAUCGUUCGACUGGCCAUUGUAACAAUCGUGGAGACAAUGAAAGACUUCCUCAAAUAUUCUUCCCAAGCAGAAAAGGCAGUUUUGAAGGAAAAAAUUGCAUCUUGUUCCCCAUCAACGGGCUUCUACUUCCAGAAGUUAAGUCUGGAUAAGGUGGCAGCUCCACUGAAUUUUGCAGAAUUCCUUUUUGAGAAGAAUUCUCUGGAUGAUGUUUCACAGGAAGAUCUAGAAGAGUUCCUUUUGGAGAAAAUCAUCCACAUUACCCCCAAAGAAACCGUCUGGAUGGCCAGUAAUAAGUUCCUGAGACCCCAUUUUGCGGGGGUUCUACGCCAAAUAGCAACACGUGUAACGGAUCUCCCAUUGGCACUGAGAGUUUCACCUGCAAAAUGCUUCCGGAACUGCAUGGCAAACUACCAGCAAGCUCUGGAAAAGCUAAUCAUCCCUGAGCUUGUAAAUGAUCGGGAUAAGGUGAUUUUUCUGCAUAGAAUGCUGGAACUUUUCGACGUUAUUCCCCAGGAGAUUUUUGAGGAAAUUGGACAGAAUUUAUUACCACAACUUGUGCCGCUAUUCGAAGAGGUUCUCAGGGAGGAAGAAUGCAUCCCAGAUUGUCAUUUGGUACUCAAAGAUCAAGUUAUGUGCCUGAGAGAUGGGAAAUUCCGGAGGAAUCUUAUGCGAAUGUUUCCAAUUUGAGAAAUUUUCACUGAAAAUUUACCAUUAGAUGCGUAAGUUAUUAUUUUCUUUAUUCAUUUUCAUCUGCUAAAAAUUCCCAGUAAAAGAUGCGAAGGAGUUAUGAUCCUCGGUAUGUUGAGUAGCCGAAUGGGCUAAGGAGGAGAGGAAUGUGAUAAUUUUGGUCAUUUCCCGCAUUCUCAAUCUUGAAAACCACCUGAAAUUCAGACAAAACGUCAGUUUGUUCUUAAAAAUAAUUAUUCUGUUCAUUUCAUUGAAUUCAUAAAAAUAAAAAAAAAAAAGAAUUUUCCUUGAA